ACUCGGAAGCACAAGUAAUCAAAGAUGGGGUUUCAAAAUAAAAUGAAAGGGAAGGAAAUAAGCCACUAGAUGUGACACAACCAUUCUGCCUAUAUAACUUUAACUAUUACAAAUAUAAAAUCCCAAAUGGACUAUUCGAUCAUUGAGACGGCGGACUGCAGGCGACAUGGCUACAUCCUCACGGAUAUGACCCUAGGCUCAGGCACCUAUGCUAAGGUUAAACUAGCCCGAGCCAUGAAGAGGAAGAUUGCACAGACAGCUAAAUUGAGAGAUGAUCUAAGGAUCAAGGGACAUAACAUGGUUGCGAUAAAGAUCAUCUCAAGGAGGGAUGCUCCGACCGAGUAUCUCAAGAAAUUCAUGCCCAGAGAAAUAGAUGCCAUGAGAAUAACUCACAAACACGCACAUUUAAUUCAACUCUACGAGUUCUUCCGGAGCGAACGCGGAGUCUAUCUUGUCCUCGAAUAUGCUGCUCAUGGCGAUGUUCUGUCCUACAUCAAUGAAAGUGUCCUAGAGACAGGCAUGGCAGUGGAAGAAGACAAGGCCAGACAACUUUUCCGUCAAAUUGUGUCCGGGGUAACCUUCUGCCACGAUCGGAAUGUGGUCCACAGGGAUUUGAAAUGCGAGAACAUCAUAUUGGAUGAAAACUGGAAUGUCAAAAUAUCAGAAUACACAUCCCGACUCCUAACUUCAAACCUGUUUCUCGUCUACUUCUUUCCCUGUUUUUUUUUUAUUUUCAUGCUCACAUCAGACUUUGGCUUUGCCUGUCGUUUUCCAUCCAAUCGUUGCAACAUGUUGUCGACGUUCUGCGGUUCCUACGCCUACGCCGCCCCGGAGAUUAUGGCGGGAAAGAACUACGACGGAAAGCUCGCUGAUGUUUGGAGCCUUGGGAUCAUUCUGUAUGCCCUGGUCAACGGUCGCCUUCCAUUUAACGAUCAAAACCUGAAUACACUCAUGGACCAAACGAAGAAGAAAAUCAAAUUUCAGCCAUGGGUCUCCAAAGCCUGCAUCCAUCUCAUUCGGAAGUUGUUGCGUCAGAGACCGCUGCUACGCUUGCACGCGAAUGAAAUAGUCCACCACCCUUGGGUUUGUCAAGAGCCUAAAUCCAAUCCCUGGCACGAGGGGGCGGCCGUCAUGUACGAAAAUGACCCCUCCUUCAAUAAGAAACAAUCUUUCCAUCGAUUUAUGACGGUGACGGAGAGCGUGCUCCAGGUCGAGCGGCAGGACCGUCGAACGACCAUCCACGACGCCCAGCAGCAAACCAUGAACACAUUGGUGAAACCGACGACGACGACCAAGCAAUCGACAACGGCUCCCAUGACACUGUCGAUGUCGCCGAAGAAAGACACAGUCCGUGGUCGAUCAUCACCGUCCAAGACACCAGUUCUGCUCGCCGAUGGCCGGAUUGUGAAGAAAGAGCUGAAAGGAAUAAUGGUGGAAGAAAAGAAGAAUCCUAAGGAAGCCGAACGCUACGAGUACGGCCCCGAACACAACAAGUACUAUGGCGCCAAGCUAGUCAACUUCAAGAAGAAACUGGCCGCUAUCCAGUCGCCGUUGACCGCGCCCAACUACGCUAGCACCAUGCGAAACCGUAUGCGGAACCUCUACCGUCGCAUUCUGGCCGACUACCCCAACGGCGAGCACCUAUUCGACAUGGAGAACGAGCCCGGGAAAUGUUUGGUGACGAAGAAGUACGAACCCCACGAGCAGGUUGACGAUGACGAUGAGAAAUGUGACGUUUCUGUCGACGAUGCAGCGCGAGCCUUAACGGGAAAACAUCGGGACAAAGGAAUAAAUAUUCCAACUAAGGAGAGUGGUGAAAUCAUGAAGGAAGCUGUCUUCGACAAUUUCAUGCCUGGGGUUCCCAAGACCGCCCCUCCACUGCCCGGAGAAGACAGGUCCCUCCCUAUCGCCACUGUCGCCGUCACCGACAGACUCCAGUCCAGUGGAAGUCGUCGUCGUACUUCGAUUAAAACGAAGGCGACAACGGUCAAACAACCGCCGACGCCCGUGAUCUCCUGCGAACACCAGAGCGACAAGAACAUGAGCUUGACUUCCACGAAUCCGCCGUGCAAUGACGAGGAGACGCCUGACGCGAUGGCGAAAGCGACGACGAGUAGGAAAAUGCUGUCGAUAAGGAACACGGUGCCAAGAUCGAAGCUUAAGAAGUCACCGCCACCAUAUUAUGCACCUUCUGAGCAACGCAGUAACGUUGGGCAUUCCUCAGAAAAAGCCUUGAAAACAAGCAAUAAUUUAUAUUCGCAUCUACAGUCGAGCCUCCCUGUGUUGAAGAAAGUGGCUGUUUAAAUCCUAAACGAAAUUCGACUCCGGUAUGAAAUUCAGUCAGGCCUUUGGAUUUCGGGGAGUAUGGAAACCAAGAUAUACGAAGGCUGAAAUUAUUACGUUCUUGGAGCACGUUCAAGCGCCUGUGCUAGUUCGGGAUUAUUUAGCGACAAGGAAAAUGUUAGCAUGUGUUUAUUAAAAUCAUUGAGAGUCGCAUAUGAAUAGUACAAAAAAGGAUGAUGUAAAAUAGCGAUAUGAAGAAAUAAGAAUACGGAUUAGGAACACUUUUAGGCUAUAGAAGAAAGGAUUUGCUGUUGAUUGUGCUAACAUAUAACUAUGUCAAAUGCUGAUGAGCAUAAUUUUCACAUUGAUUUGAUUCCAUACCCGUCCUCUUAAUCUAACGAGAGGGGGGAAAAGAGAAAGUUUUUACAGGGUGACGACUCUCUUAAUGCGCCUCACUAUCUUGCAUUAUCCUGAUGAAUGGCAAAGCGCCAUCUUCGACGGAUCCCAUGAAUGCGACACAGCUUAAACCAAUGACAAUCAAAUAAACUCAAACACGACUGAGCUUGCAGGAACAAUAACAUUGAUGUCAACCAUCUACAGCUUUGACAAACUUACUGUAUAGAUAAAGAUAUUUCUAAAAUCUGUGUUACAUAAAUUAUAGAUGUAUCAUUGAACUGUGAGGGAGUGCAUGGAAGCUACAUGUACAUUACCUUUUUCUUAAAUACAAUAUUUGAAGAAAGAUGAAUUAGGCUGGUUAACAAA